AUGUCUGAGCUUGAUGAAAUAAUAACAAUAUUUGGUGUUGGGGACUAUGUUUGGGUGCCGUGGAGUACUAUUAUUAACUCUAUUUCAAUAAAAGUUAAAAACGAGUCCGAAAGCUCAAUAAUAACAAACAAACUUAUCAGAUAUUGGCCAGCUUUCGUACUUGAAAGGCACGUAACAACAAAGUUGCGAAAAGUCGCUUAUGCGCGUAUAGUACCGACUUCCACUCCUCAAAAUGGCAACACUUUAUCCCCAAAAUAUUUGGUCAAACUGAUCGGUCUUAACGUGAACCAAGUUUUCUAUGAAAAGAGCCUCAGGUCUUGGCUUUCUUUUAACCCUAAUCCGCUUCCAGAAAUUAUGAUGAUUAACGAUUAUAAUUUCUCUGGCCAAGAUAUCUCAUUGUCGGACAUAACAAUCGAAAAACUCACUGUUCUUUACGUUCAAGCUGUACAAAAAGUUUCGAAUAAACUUAGACCAGCGUUUGAUUCACGUGAUAAUGAUUUUGAAACUUCAACUGCAGAACCCGUUAAGACUAAUUCAAGCAGUCCUGCUCGUUUAAAGAUAAUUUAUAAUAGAAAUUCCAAAGACUCGGCAAAUUCUCAAACGUCUAUUUAUAAACCUAUAGCUUCUUCAAUAAAUGCUAAUACUCUUUUGGGCUCUAUUGAUUUUGGAGGACAUGACAGAGACCAAGAAAAGGAAUCAGAUUGUGAAACUAAAAAGACUUUUAAAUUACAAACAAAUAUUGGUUCUGCUAAUUCAAAUAGUAAUAUUAUCCAAACUCCUUUGAAUGAUUCUGAAAAUACUAAUUCUUUUAUUGUUGAGAAAGUGGUUAAACAAGGUGAAACGCAAGUUUCACCUUAUGAACAACCAAUUGUAUUAACAAAAGAACAAGAAUUUACCGAAAAUUUAAAUCUUUCUGGAUCACUCAAAAAGAAAGGCAGCAGAAAACCGUCAAAUAGUUCUAUUACGAAAUUAGAAUCUCCUGCAAAAGUUUUGACCAUCCAGGAUGAAUCAUCGUUACUUAGGAGGACCAGAAAUGGAUCCGUAUUUGGGAAGUGGCGCGCGUCAAAACGAUCGCGUCGUGCCCAAAAUCUUGAACAAGAUGAUUCUUUUAUUAUUUCAAAAGCGGAUGCUGUUCAAACGAAAGAUUCUGCAUCAAAAAGAAAACUGAAAAUUGGCGUCAAGAAAACACCUAUUGAUCAAUCAAGAUGUCCCAAUCAGGUAAACAAAGAUGAAACUGAGUUACGAGCAAACGAAAAUAAGAGAAGAAAAAUUCAAGAUGCUUCAGCUAAAGAGGAUGACCUUAUUGGGAAUAGUAUUGAUGAUAAACCGAUGGAAAUUAAUUCAGAACCAAAUAAUUUCAUCGUAGAAUGUAAUAAUACGGUAAAGUCGAUGCUUAAGCCUAAUGCAACAAGGAUGGAACUUUAUAAAAGAAAAAAUGAAGGCAAGUCGAACCCUAAAACUCAGAAUACUACUCAAAUAUUACAAACAAAAGCCAAGUCAAGAAAAGUUAAGAAAGAAAAAAAGAUACGGAGUCACUCAAACUAUAACACUAAGAGUGCAUUAAAUGUUGCCUCAUUAGAUUUAAACCAAACUCUCGUUGAAGACAAUUAUAUGCAACAGGAUGAUGUUUCCGGUAUGAUUGAAAUGAAAAAUGAGCAAGAAAGAAUUGUAAAUAAUAUAAAUAAUAUGAAUGGUGGUAAUAAUUCAUUAUCGUUGGUCUUUUCAUCUCCAAUACAAUCAUUCCGUUCUGUUUUGGGAUUUGGUAACAUCUUUUCAUGGAAUAAAAGUAUCGAUAUUUAA